GUUAGAUUAGGCUUGGUUAGAGUAAAACAGAUUGGUAAUUAUGUUGCGGUUUAAUAUUAAAUUAAUAAUAAAACUUACUAAAUUUGAAGUGAUUUAAAUGUCAUUUUUAAAGUAAUAUUUUGUUACAUAAGAAUUGGGUUGAAAUAAGAGAAUCUUAGCGGCUGUUUUGAAUUUCUUUGACUGUUGAGGCUGUUUUAGGAAGCUUGAAGGUAUUCAAUAAUCAUAAGUAGUCGUUUUGAUGGUUUUUGACGUUUGAAGGAAUUAAAUAAGACACAUAGAGGUUCUAUAUUCUCCAGAGUUCAGAUUAACAUAAAGUAAGCCAGAGAUCGUUUACAUAAUUGGUACGAACCUGUAAAUAUAUAUAUUUAACUAAGGUAACGAGUACGCUAGCGUAUAACAAACAAUACGGGAUAUUGACACACGUAUUUACACAUCAACUAGCACAAGUUAAUACAUGAACUAGCAUAGUAACUAGCAGUAAUUUAGGUUAACUAGAAGGGCGGGUAGGGCGCUUCCCGCCCAAUAUACCCAGUGCGGCCUCAGGCCUCGGACGUGACGGACGUACGACCUUCGUCUCCCGGGCCUUGGAGCCUACCAAGACGCUAUUUAUAUCAGACACUUAAACCUUGCAGCCGCAGGAAGACUUCGUCGUUGAUUUGCCACUCAGUGAAAGACAUUUUGUUAUACUUUGUCUCUUAAUAAUGACAAGAAAAGCUUCGUCUUUCUCACUUCCCUCCAAAACCAGCUUGACGGAUGUGAAGACUCACAGACAGGCUUCUGCCGCUACAGAUACACGAAGGAAGUGUAAGAUGAAGUCUAAGUCUCAGAAGAAGAAGGCGUUGGAGAGACUCGGAGCCGGAUACUUGUCGGCAAGGCUGGCUAUCCGGCCUCAGGCCCAGGGCGUAGUGGACGGGGCAAGAUGGCGCGCCUUGAAGUACUCUCUAAAACCCGCCAGAAAAGAACAAUUAUUGAAGGAGAGACGCGUGCGCAGGCUGGUUGAAGCUGUGGCAGAGUGUCUUGCGUACAUGAAGGAAGAAGAAGCUGAGCAACUUGAGCAGCAUCAAGAGACCCCCGAGGAACCCACAUAUAACCACUUUCUUCAUACUCCAUACGACCAUUCUAUUUGGAAGGCGCAGUUGUUCCUGCCCCUGAUAGUUAGAGUGACAACUGAUAUAAGCCAUAAUUCUAUUUCUUCGCCAGCUGAUCGCUAUCGUUACAAACUGAAGCCCCUGCGAAGCCGACUAAGGCGCUCUGAACCCUAUGAUGUCACGAGGCACCUCGGGAAGGACUACAUCAACGCCACUGUAGUUAAUGUAAGUACGGUUAUGUAA